AUGAACGGAACAGUAUCAGAAAAUGGUGACUGUGACUAUACCCUUGGGCCAGUCAUAACUGAAGGGAAGACCAAGAUUGUGUACAAACUUGAAUCUUUGCCUGGUCAUGUGAUGCUUAAAUCAAAGGAUCGAAUUACUGCAGGAGACGGAGCAAGGGCACAUGAUAUGGAAGGCAAAGCUGCCAUUUCAACAGCGACUACAUGUGCUUUGUUCAAAUUGCUAAAUGAUGCUGGAAUUAAGACUCACUUCAAGAGGCAGCAUUCUGAUACCGAGUUUGUAGCAUUAGAAUGUGAGAUGGUGCCACUGGAGUGGGUGACAAGGAGAGUUGCCACUGGGUCCUUCCUCAAAAGACAUCAGGGGGUAAAAGAGGGCUUUCGCUUUUGUCCACCCAAACAAGAAACUUUCUUCAAGGAUGAUGCAAAUCAUGACCCUUUGUGGUCGUACGAACAGUGUGUUGCGGCAGAAUUACGUGUAGGUGGCAUUUUGAUUGGACCAGAUGAGCUGGACAUCAUGAGAAAGACAACUAUCACUGUGUUUGAGAUAUUGGAGAGAUGCUGGACAGCACUGGACUGUAGCCUCAUCGACAUGAAGAUAGAAUUUGGAGUUGUACAAAAUACUGGUGAAAUAGUACUGGCGGACACUAUAGACAGUGACUCGUGGCGUCUGUGGCCAGCAGGAGACCGUCGGUUGAUGAAGGAUAAACAAGUUUACAGAGAACUAAAGGAGGUUACUAAGGAAGCCUUGGAUACUGUGAAGCGUAACUUUGAAUGGGUUGCAGAGAGAGUCAAGCUGCUGUCGCCUAAACCUACUGCCAGAGCUGUUGUUUUGAUGGGGUCUGCGUCUGAUUCCACCCAUGCUGAAAAGAUUAAGGCUAGCUGCAAGUCAUUGGGUGUUCCAUGUGAACUGAGAGUCACAUCAGCUCACAAAGGCACAGAAGAAACACUCAGGAUACUGGCUGAUUACGAAGGCGAAGGUAUACCUACUGUUUUUAUUGCUGUUGCUGGGAGAAGUAACGGUCUGGGGCCAGUGUUGUCCGGCAGUUCUUCAUGGCCAGUUAUCAACUGUCCCCCAUUGUCAGGAGAGUGGGCAGCCCAUGACAUAUGGUCCUCCAUGAGACUGCCAUCAGGUCUAGGAUGUGCUACAGUGAUGUACCCAGAAGCUGCUGGUCUGGCCGCCGCUCAAAUCCUUUCUCUGACCGACCAUGUCAUCUGGAGCAAGAUCCGUGCUAAACAACUGAAUACUUGGAUAGGACUCAAACAGGCCGACCGCAAGAUGAGGAAUGACAAGUGA